AUGUUGCUCCUGACUGCUUGGGCCACCGCGCGACCUCUCGUUCCGUUAUCUCUGGCGCUUGUUAACGUUACCUGCACUCACAGCACACGACCUCUCGUUCCGGUAUUUUCAAUGUUUGUCUGCGAAGGACCAUUCGUUCCGUGUUUUUUUUCUGCGCUUGUCAACAGCCUCGAUAUCUUCUGCGUUCAACCAACCGUUCUGGCACCUACUAUGCAUAUCAGUCAUUUUCUGUCGCAUACUGAUCUUCUCCGGAGUUCAUCGGCAUCAUACUUUCAAAAGCAAUCGUGCUGGUUGUAUACCACUCUUCUCCUGAACACAUCGGAUUUUUCUACGCCCUGCAAUCGUCACUAUUCUUUCCUAACUGAAGUGUUCAUAUCUAUCUAUCUAUCUAUCUAUCUAUCUAUCUAUCUAUCUAUCUAUCUAAUAAUAGUGAUCCCGUUUCACUGUUUCGUAGAUGGUAUCUGUUCAUUAGCGGGGUUAAUCUGCGAAACUUUUAGUCGGGAAGAUAAGUGUCGAACAUUUUCAUUUGUUUGGUAUCUAUCUGUCUAUCUAUCUAUCUAUGUAUCUAUCAUGUACCUAAUUAUAUAUACAUGUCAUCAUUUCUUUCCCCUUUUUAUCUUUUUUAUUUUUAUCAUUUCCCCUUUCUUUCCUUUUCAUCAUUUCCCUCUCUUUCUUUUUCAUCAUUUCCCUCUCUUUCUUUUUCAUCAUCUUCUCUCUCUUUCCUUUUCAUUAUUUUCCCUCUCUUUCCUUUUGAACAUUUUCCCUCUCUUUCCUUUUCAUCAUCUUUCUUUUUUUCUUUUUCACCAUUUUCCCUCUGUUUCAUUUUCAUCAUUUUCCCUCUCUUUCCUUUUGAACAUUUUCCCUCUCUUUCCUUUUGAACAUUUUACCUCUUUCCUUUUCAUCAUUUUACCUCUGUUUCUUUUUCAUCAUUUUUUCCUCCCUUUAUUUUUAUUUCAUUAUUUCUGUUUUCCUCUUUUCUUUUCUUUUCACCAUGUUUUCUGUCAUUUUUUCUCACCGUUUCUUUCUUCUCUUUUUUCUUGUUACUGUAUACAUUUAUUUCCUUCAAUCUAUCUAUCUAUCUAUCUAUCUAUCUAUCUAUCUAUCUAUCUAUCUAUCUAUCUAAGCCUGUAUAUCUUUCUUGGUUCUGCUUAUCUGUAUCGACUCACGGUUUAA